AACGGUUGGUGUUGUUUUUAUUUUGGUGUAUGCUGAAUUUAUAAGUAUACCUAAAGAUACUAAUUUUUUUACACUUAUGGUGUUUAUAUAGUCGAAAAAUGUGAAAUUUGUUCGAGCUAGAAGACAUUACCAUCGUGCUGUUAGAAGAAAUGCAUAAACAGAUAUGAGCUGUAUAAGAGAUGUCUUAAUAUUAAAUUAAAAACCAUACGUUUGGGACUAUACACGAACUACAAGCACGUGAUAACUAAUAGUACAAUUCAUAGUGUCAAUAUGUCAGCUUUCGUUCAGUUUCUUGUUUUGUUUCUAAUCUCAAUCGUCACCGCUGUUUAUUCUACCGAACCACUUCUGUUCGCCGAAGAUACUUUGGAGGACUCUCAUGGCAAAAUUGUGUUCUCAUCUGUGAUUUUCCGACAUGGAGACCGAGCACCGACAAAUCCCUACCCAACUGACAGAUACAAUAUAUCGAAUUGGCCACAAGGAUGGGGACAGCUAUCAAAGAUUGGUAAACUUCAAGAGUACAAUUUGGGCAAAUGGUUCCGUAAAAGAUACGAUUCUUUGAUAACCAACGGAUACAGAUACGAUUUAUUAAAAGUAAACAGUUCGGAUAUGGAUCGCACAAUAAUGAGCGCCGAAUGUUUCCUAGCCGGAUUUUUCCCUCCAUCUGCGGAAGAAAGAUGGGCAGACGACGGAUUAAAAUGGCAACCGGUACCAAUACGUGCAAUUCCAGCUGAGAUUGACACGGUAAUCGGAUUCAAAGUUCCGUGCGAAAAGUACGACAUGGAGAAAGAUUUGGUCAACGGGUCUCCGGAGAUGGGAGCUUAUUAUCUAGAGCACCAGAAGAUCUUUAAGUACAUCGCUUCUUAUUCUGGAUUCGAUAUAUCGCCGAACGAUGUCCUUAAUGCUAUCGACAAUGCUUGGGACUUAUACGAUACUUUGUUCAUUGAGGAAUUAUACAAUUUGACCUUACCAGAUUGGUCUAAAAAAAUAUACCCGGAACCUUUAAAAACAAUAGGAGCCCCAACUUUCUCAAACAUCGCCUAUUCUCGUGAAAUGCGGAGGCUUAAAGCUGGUCCUUUAAUUGGGAACUUAUUAAAAGAAAUGAGAUUAAAAAUAAAUAGACAACUCAACGAAACGUUCCAUUUCUAUUCUGGUCAUGAUACUACCAUCUCCGUGUUACUUACUGCGUUAGAAAUUUAUAAUGGUAUCCCACCUCCAUACAGUACUUCGGUAAUUAUCGAACUGAGGGAAAAGGAUGGCAACUACUUUGUGACGAUUUUAUACAAGAAUUCAACGACUUCAGCGCCGUAUCUUUUAGAACUUGAUGGUUGCGGCUAUGUUUGUACCUGGGAUGACUUUGUAAAAUUGACUGAAAAUCUAGUGCCGGAGAAUUGGGAGGCCGAAUGCAGUGUGAAUUUUGUAAAAAGUCUGAGUUACAGAAGUAUUUUCGAAUUAAUUGUGAUGUCGGCUGUGGUAUUUUUAUUGUUAGUUCUGAUUUUAUCCAUUAUUAGGCUGCAUUUACUUCGCAGAAAACGGUAUUCUCAUUACGAAAUAAUCAGAAAUAAUGUGCUGAACGUUAAAAACGAUGUUGAAUAACUUUCAAUUGUACCAAAACCAACCUAUUAAAAUACCGUGUACCGAUAAGCUUGUACAUAUUUUAAAUCUGACGGAUUUUUAUUGAGUUAAUUUUUAAAUUGAUUAAUUAUAUAAGUUUCACCUUACCCCUUUUUAUAAUAUUACAGUUUCAUUGAUGGUCAAACCGAAUUAUUGAUUGUACGUAAUUUUUUUAUAUGCAAAGUAGAUUUUGUACUUUUUUUUUGAAGAAUAAGCCACUUGUAGUCAGUCCAUGAAAUAAAAAGUGAACCUGCGUUUAAAA